CUACGACAGUCGAGUGAAAAUUCUCAAACGUAUCGGAAGUUUUACGACUAAAUAAAAAUGUUAGUUUUUAUUUUAGCGGCACUAGGAGCGAUUUUAUUUCAUUAUAUAAAACGCAUAUAUUCAUAUUGGGAACGUCGUAAUUUUCCAUAUGAUCAGAAUAGUAAAAUACCUUACGGUUGUUUGGAAACCGUCGCUAAACAUAAAAAGUCCAUGGGUAUGGCAAUUCAUGAUGUCUACUUCAGAUCGAAAGAACGCUUUUUGGGUGUAUAUUUAUUAUUUCGCCCGGCAAUUUUGAUACGUGACGUUGAUUUAGUACGUCAUGUAUUGGCAGAGGAUUUUGCUAGUUUCCAUGAUCGUGGCGUAUAUGUGGAUGAAGAAAAAAAUCCACUUUCAGCACAUAUCUUCGCAUUAGAAGGCAAAAGUUGGCGUGAUAUGCGUAUCAAACUAGCACCACUUUUCACAUCCGGAAAGUUAAAGGCAAUGUUCAGUACUUCAGAGGAAGUUGGUGAUAGAAUGAUUGCCCAUUUAAAUACAUUGAUACCGGAAAAGGGUAGUGUCAAAAUUGAUUUGAAAGAGAUUUUUACCACUUAUGCUAUUGAUAUUAUUGGGUCCACAAUUUUCGGUUUGGAUAUCAACAGCUUUGAAAAUCCCACCAACAAAUUCAGAAAUAUAGUUUAUUUAGCUCGCAGGAACACACAUUUUACUGCAAUUUUAAGCAUGUGUGUAUUUUUGUGUCCAUCGAUAUUUAAAUUUGUAAUGCGCACAUUUCAUCUAAAAAAGCCGGUUGGCGACGAAAUGCUUCCAAUCGUAAAGGACACUGUCGAAUAUCGUGAAAAACACAACAUUGUGCGUAAGGACAUGUUGCAGUUAUUAAUGCAAUUAAAAAAUACCGGUAAAAUUGAGGAAGAUGAUAACAACUUUAAUGCCAAUGUAACCAAGAAAACUGGAAGUACUACUGAGAAUAUGUCUAUUGAAAAAAUAACAGCACAAGCUAUUAUAUUCUAUAUCGCCGGUCAGGAAACCACAGCAUCAACAACUUCUUUGACAAUCUUUGAACUCGCACAAUAUCCUGACGUACUGAAGAAAGUUACUGAAGAAGUCAAUACAGUUUUAGCAGAGAAUGAUGGCAAGAUUACUUAUGAAAGUUUACAAAAAAUGGAGUACUUGGAAUUAUGUAUGAGUGAAACUCUACGUAAAUAUCCUGGCUUACCAUUAUUAAAUCGGGUUUGUACUCAAGAAUAUCAAAUUCCUGGCACUGACAAAGUUAUCGAAAAAGGUACACCUGUAGUAAUAUCUCUUUUUGGUAUACAUCGUGAUCCGGAACAUUUCCCAGAUCCAGAAACCUAUAUUCCUGAACGUUUUCUACCUGAAAAUAGUAAUUACAAUCCCAAAGCAUAUAUGCCUUUCGGUGAAGGUCCACGUCAUUGUAUAGCCCAACGUAUGGGUAAAAUUAAUUCAAAAUUGGGUGUAGUAAAAAUUUUACAAAAUUUCAAUGUCGAAAUAAUGCCAAGACAAGAUAUCGAAAUCGAUAAUCAUUCCAUUGCUAUUAUACCAAAAGGUGGAGUUAAUGUGCGUCUAUCGAAAAAGCAAACAACAAAUUAA